AUGUUAGGCAGGCAUGAGUACGGUGAACAUUUACUCCAACAUAAUCGCCAUCACAGCUCAGAUUUCGGUCAUCCUGUUCUCCACAUUCCCUCACUUGUUUGUCAGCUGAUUCUCUCUGCCAAUGGGCUCGAAUCCAACAAAUCGACUCUCAUUCGGUGCAUAGAUUUGGAGCGAGGCCAUCCAGAUAGAUACUACAGACAAGUUCCAGGCACAACAAUGUCACAACCAACAGAUCAAGAGGUGAUGCUUGGUAUUUUCGAGGAUUUGGCUAGCCUGGAAAACAUCUUCAAGAAUAAUGCCGAGGCAGGGAAUUCCGGGACGGUCGUCGUAGAAGAGGAAGAACAGAUACCAUCAGAAGGACGCAGCAAAACAGGAGGCGUUCGAAUUACCAUUUCACUGCCUCCCUCUACUCCACCGGAAUCAGCAGGCUCAAAAACCUCGCAGUCAUCGUCUUCCAAUUCUUCAACUACCUCCUCUGAGUCCACCGAUAUAAGUUCACUCAGACGUCAGGCUGAUGAAAUGGUUAGCCCUCCGAUCUCCAUUCCCUCAUUCAACUUACCCUGUUGUCGAAUCUCCCAUGAUGCACACUUGGAUACUCACGGACGAUUAAUCGCACCGUGUCUGUGUGAGGGAAGUUUGAAAUAUGUCCAUGAGGAGUGUCUUCAGCGUCAGAUUGAAAUUGGUCAAUUGAGGAAGUGUGAGGUGUGCCAAUUUGAGUUUGAGAGGCGCAUCUGCGUAAAACCCAAACACGAGCGAAAGUGUUCCGCGUUCUCCCUUUGGAAGAUACCCAUAUUCCUCGCUUUCCAAUGCGUCAGUUUGCUCUACAUCGCCCUAGAUUUUUGGUUCAUUCAGUUUAUGGCUAAGUGUUCACCAUACUGUACAAGAGGCUCUGCCAGACACUCCUCAUCACACUACCACUACUGUUCUCUUUUCGACCCUCGUAAUUGUCCCAUCCAGAGAGGUAUCCUCCACGGCGAUCGUCAUGCCCACAAACCCGACUUUCAUGUCCCUGAAGUCUAUAUUUCUACGACUUCUGCAGUCUCCUCACAUACCUCUCCUUCCUUCGCUUCGCUUCCUCUACAUCACCUCAUUUGGCUUAGGAAGCCUGUCCUUAGUCUCAGUCAUCCAAUUCCUUACUUGGUGAUGGCAUUGCUUCAUUUCUUUGCCAUGCAGCAUCCUCCCUUCCUAUCCGACAAUCGUUGCUGCACCUUCCAUAAGUAG